CUAGCUAUAACUAAGCAGGCAAAGCACACAGAAAAAUGUGCAAUAAACUCGUACUUGUGAAAUUAAGCAUUAUGUAUAACAUUUGCAAUUAUGCAUUUGCUGUACCUAUUUUCCAUUACUAUAGACAGGCAGGGAUUAAAACCACAAUAAUAGAGGCGUAGUGUAUAUUCGUACGCACUUUUGCCCAUUUUUGUGUAUGUAUAUGUUCAUCCGCUAUUCGUACGUAAAGUGCUUUAGGGUUAGGGUUAGGGUUAGGAUUCUUUUUCCUUUUUUCUACGUAUGAAUAGCGCUACGCACUAUUAAUACGCACUUUAUGUCAUAUUAAAGUGCGUACGAAUAUACAGUUCCUAAUAGAGGGGAUCCCUUGCAGUAUUUGUCAAAAUGCAGCCCCACAAGCAGUACACUCUGCUUUUGCGAAAUCUAAAUCUAUCAGGUUUAAGGUAAAUAUAUGUUUGAAUUCUGUUACUUUUCCAUGCAACAAUCCUUUCAAAACUGUUUUUGAAAUGAUGAUGCCUAGCUAGAGAACAGCACAAUGUCUCAUUUAGUCAAACAAGAAAUCCUAGAUGCAAAUUUUUUAUAAAAUUUAUUGGCAAAACGUGUGCUUGUUUUUUUUCAAGGAAUUUUUAUAUUUUGUAAGCGUUCUUCCCAUAAGUAUAGACGUACAAAGUUUAAAGACUCCCAUGAUGCGUUACGUUUAAAACCACAGUCAUUUUACAAUAUUUCUCAACAAUGAAAUUAAUUUUUUGACAGCCAAAAAAUUGACUUGACCAGCCAUUUAGAAUUCUUGUGGUCACUAUGACCACCAGGUAUAAAAUAUUUAUAGGGCUAGUUGUCUGUUUGCACAAAAAUGAACUGAUCUGCACAAACAGUAGCAAAGCAAAAACCAUAAAACACUAGGUCAGUGUUACCCACACGUGUUACCCACAAACUAGAGUGGGCAGACCCUGAAAAACAGCACCACACAUUCCUAUUAUUCCAGUGCGUCUCAGGAUUUUUAUUUUAAUUCUGAAUUUACCCUUCACUUUCAGAACUUACAGGGUAGAAAAUUUAAACACAAUGGCAUUGCUUUAAGCUUGUAUUAAAAUAUUAAGCUGCCAUGUGUUCCCUUUUCUCUUAUAAUUUUUAAAAUUGUCUAUACUCGGUCAUUGUGCCUUGCAAAAGGAUUCCAUUCCACUAAGAAACCUGAACACAUGUUCAUAUCUGCGAGUUAGUUGACUCAUUUGUUUGACUACUACGAAAUAAGUGCAGGGGCAGACAGUUAAAUUAACUACCGUGAUAUCCCAUAUUGUCCUAGUAUUCUUUUUUAUUCUAAAUUUGACCAACCCCAUACUGUGGGGUAUGGGAAAUCAUGUCAUGAGUUGAAUGAGUUGUGAGUUGUAAGUUCCAAGACCAGUAAGUUGCAUUUAUUUACGGUACCAAAUUAUUUUUACGAACUCGAACAAUAAAAUUAUUUUUGUGAAUUUUUUGAAAAAUUCCCAGCAUAACAAAAUUUAAAAUAAAACUCUUAUUUACGUUAAAUCAUGCACAAAAACACGUCUCUUGGGAAAUUCAAUAUUUCUUUGUUGAGGCCAAGCCACUGAUUGUUGGCAGAGGGUCGAGGUCAAAAUCACCUUACAGGUGAUCAGAAGCCCCCAAACGACAAAGGGUAUUCAGUAUUUUGUCUGUUAGUUAUGAAUUUAUUAAAAUUGAUUUGAAAUAUUUAUAUUUAUCUUUCUUCUUAUGUUAUAUAUAUUGUAUUUGUGACAUCUCCACAAAAAAGCAAAAAUAUUUUCUUAAUGUUAUUUUUUGUGUAAUACGAUUUGAAUUUUAGACAAGAAGCCCUGCGUCUUGAAGAUUUCUGUCAUUAGCCUAAAAGAUUCUGAAAUUUGUUGUAGGCCUUGAAAACAGAGAAUUAUGGGGUAAACAUCAUUAAGUAUCCCAACUCGCAAUUAUUAUUGUAACUCCCCUGCAAUGUUAAGAUACAACUCAAUAAAUAAAAAAAUAAAAAAUAAAAUUUUAGAUAUCUAUAUGAAUUAUAUAUUUUAAAAUAAGAGUUGAAACUUUAACUGUAUAUUUUCAAAACUGAUCAGGAAAAUUCCAGAAUACAAAUCUUGUUAUGUAUAAACUUGACGAUUUGAACAUAAUAACUUCUGAACAAGCUAAAUUUAAUUAAAUGAAGUAGUUCAUUGUUAAUGAAUUCAGCAAUUAAUACAUUAGCAUUUGAAUGUUUCAGAUUUAAGCCUUCAAAACUUACUCUCUUGCUGAAGAUUUUUUGAAAAUGCUGAUGGUGCAUGGUUUGCUAACAGCUGAUCUAAAAAAGAAACAAGAAUACAAGACUCUCUUUGCCUUUUUGAUUUGAAAAGGGAAUUUAUUUAAAAAGAGACAAAUCAAUGCCAUGUGAUCCACAAGGUAAAUUAUAUUAUAAAUAUACUAGUCGAUAAGGCCCGUGGAAAAAUCCACUUAGGCAGGAUAACAGAGAAAAACAACCGUCAUUUAAAUUUUGAUGACGUCAGCAGAGACAUGUCAGAACACAAAAUUUUUUUUUAGAAAUGUGUAUGCCUGUUGCCUUUAUCGUAUAGAUCUUGAAACGCUGAUCAAGAAAAUGUAUAGGAUCGUGUACUUGUGACAAACGGAUGCAGGGAUAUUAGGGUUUAAAGGUUUUUUAUGACGUCAUUAACCCGUCCAUUCCGAAACGGAUUUGGUGACCCAGGUUUGGAAAACUUACCCAAAUUGGUCCCAGGUAGUCCCUAGUUACCCACGCAGGAGAUGACGUCAGUUAUUUCCACUCGUUUCCAAGUUAUUUAGCCUUAAAUUUAAAACUGCAAUGCAGUAGCUUCACUAAUCUUAUUAUUCUUUCCUUUGACGUCAAUAUUGCUCUAACGUCAAAGUUUGCUAAUUUACAAAACAAAUUUAUAAGCGAUGUUUUAUAGACUUAAUCAAAGAAAUUUUAUCCAUUUUGCAAAAGUCACAGACAGAAGCUCCGUAUUAUUAUAUAGAUGUAUAUAAAUUUAAUCAAGCUGGCUUUUGAUAUGUUUGUUAAACAAGUAACAUAUUAAGCAGGCCAUACAUGAUUUUGAAACCUGUGAACAAUACAGGAUUUAUUUUGUCGAAAUCUAUUUAUUAAAUUCAACAGAUUUGAUUCUUUAUCAUCCUUUUUUGAUUCGAAUUCUCAAAUUUGAACUUCAUUUUGGAGAGUAACUAUUCAGUAGUUACAAUUUUUCAUUUUGAGGAAAUUGAUUGGUCAUUGUUUUGUUUGACAAAUCAAAAAAGUUGAACAAAUCUAACUUUUGAAAUUUCAAAUUAGCAAAUUGAAUUCAACAGGUUGAAACAAAAAAGGGUAAACACACAAAUAAUGAAUUUGUUUGAUUUGAUAAAUCAAUGGUCCUUUUCAUGAGAUUUUUUAAAGUCAAGUCUUUUCUAAGAAAUCUUAGAAAAUAUUUUAUGGUAUUUUGGAGGAGUUCAAGAAAGUUUUUCAAGUAAACUAGGAACUCAGGAAGAACUUAUAAUUAACCAAGCCGAUGCAGAAUAAUUAUAUAUAAACAUGGUGCGUACAGUAUAAUUAGCCCCUCAUGUAGCUCAUGCAGCUAAAUAUACGAUAGAUAUUUUUUACUUAAAUUUCCACACUUUUUUCGUUAUUGAUCUCAGCCAUCUAUAUUUAUCUAGAUCCACAUAAAGUUGUGCUUCAAUUAAAACCACAAAAGGGAACAAGAAACGAUUGUGCAAAAUAGUUAUUAAUUUUACUGUAGCAGUAUGUUGUAUUAUUAAACAACACAAUAUUCUGAUUUCAAGAAAAGACAUGGCAUAGAGAGUAGUUAGCUGUAAAGAACACAAAGAAGCCUUUAACGGCUUAUACUGUGAGUAGCGUCUUCCUAACCUGCAUCGACUAACUAUAGACCUUUUUGAAUGUUUACAUUUUCCGCAGUAAGCCCUUUCGCUUUAACAAUUGUGUGGUAGAUAAAAAGAAGCAUGCGCUAGGUGAAGUAAGGUUCUUUUAAGUCUGUUUCUUUGCACAAAGGUAUUAUUACGACUUUAUAUAAAUAUAUGUCAAUCAGAAGUUAUCCUUCUACACUUGAUAUUUUAAAGACUCAAAAAUAUUUCUGUAGAAAGGAAUGGCCUGAAAACAGACUUUUCUGCCUGCCAUGCUGUUGUCAGAGCCAGAAGGGCUUACCACGGGAAAAUGUAAAAAUUCAAAAAGUUCUAUAUAUUCUGUGACAGGCUAAUAGUUCACCCUGACUGUUCGAUGCAAGGAGAAAUAAAGUUUUGUCACGUUUCUGCAAAAAAUAUAAUAAAACCUGUGCGAACAUAUAUCUUUUUAUCUGAUAGAAGGCCCCACAAAGUGUCGUUUAGAAGUUAUUUUUAGCACCCUUUUUUACCAUAAAAACAGAAUUUGGGUGUUCAGCCAUGGAAAAAUACACAAAGCAGGACAAAGGACUUUUGUUGCUAGCUAAUUCUUUAAGAAAAAAGGCACUCUUAUUAAAGCACUAUUUUGUGUAGCUAUCUACCUCGAUAGCUAGCUAGUAAGUAAGUAAUUUUAGACUAUUAAAAUGGGUAUGCCAGCACCAAUCAAAAGGAGAUCCAAGUCAGCACCAAAAAGCAUACUUUUCUCACUUAUAUAGGCAUAAUGUUUGAUCUAAAAAAAUUCUUUAAAAUAAAGAAAUACACAAAGAAUAUAAAUAGUUCAUGUCAAUGUCUAUAGAUCUUACCCGAUAAAAUACACGAAUUUCAAAAAUAGUGCUUAGCUACCUAGCUACAUAUCAAUAAAGCUACUUAUACGACCAAACCAGACUACAAACAAAAUGUAAGCACUUUUAAUUGUGGCCGUACACGGAAUGUUCUGGCCACACGAAGAGCAUACAAUCUCUGUUUAGAUUGGUCAUUAAAUUGACAGAGAUUAAAAUGAAGCAUUUUCAUUGGCUUUCGAGAAGACGGAAAAUGUUCUGAGGUUUUAGCCUGGACAAAAAGUUAGCAGCGUCCGGGCUCUGUGCUGUCUCUAGAUAUAUAUAUCUAUCUUCCAUCAGGCGAUUUUAAAGAUUCCGUCCCACGUAGAGUUGGACUGAAAUCAAAAAGUACAUCAUACGAUUGAUAUGCACCAAUCCCCUAGCAAAUUUAAAGCGUCGCUUUUAUAUCUUCAGCUUGACAAAGGAAAAAGUGGUACAAGUUUUCUAUUGAUUUCCCCAAGGGGUAAAAUUUUCAUUUGUGGUACAAAUUCACUUGAGCAUGAUUUAUAUUAAAUUUAGUUUUGAUGAACUUUGUUCGCUUCCCAGUUAUGCAUUAUUGCGAUUGACAAAAAAAUUUUCACCUAAUUUAAAAACUCUUAUCGAAGUUUUAAUUUUUUUAUUUCUGUUCUGUUUCUGAAUAAAAUUGUUAGCUACAUGUUUGACUAAAUUUCAAUAUUUAUAUAUUCGUUUACAAAGAAACACCAGUGGUGGAUGCUACACGUCCACAACAAGCAAAGUUAUUUUUCUGGAAAUCGGUUACCCUUAGUUAAGGCAACUCAUAACUAGCAACUCAAGGAACUCACAACUCGAAGAUUACCAACACUAUCCAAAUACUAUCCAGAUGCAUCUAUAUUUUAACACAGUAUAUUGCUGUCAGCCAUGACUUCUUUUAAAUUUUGUUAGCUAAAAUAAUAAUGAACUUUAGUUGGAAAGAUUCUUAGUAGUGUUAAUACAAGAAAAAGCACAGAAAGUCUUGGGUUCUCUCUUUCACCAGGGUAACAAGUCAUUUGUAGUUCGUUUUAUGUAUAUAUAAUGUGUGUGUUUAAUAUGUUGAUAAACUCACAUGGUACUAGGUUGCAAUUCAAACAAGCUAUAGUCUCUUUUCCAUAAAUAAUGUAAUAGUGGACUUAGUACUGUCUAUCUGGACUACAGUGUAGUAGUUUUUUGUGGUUUUAGUUAAGUCAUUUUUGGUUUUCAGCAAGUCUACACUUUGUUACCCAAUUAUCCCUCUGCGUUCUCUCCAAGAACCCUAGCCACCCAAACACUUCUUAAACAGUCCUCAUACAACUUACCUUUUGGUUGAAUCAGCACGACAAAUCUAGUCAACAACAUUAAUAUUCCUAAUUUUAUCCAAACUGAAACUACCCUAUAAAUAACACUCAAAUGCUACCCUAACAUAUCACCUAAGUCGCUGAAAUCUUUAACUAUCUCUAAUGAGACACUGUUGUACAUAAUUUUUGUCUAUAAUCUCACUUUUGCAACUCUUACAUACUGAGUGUCAGCUCCUAACUUUCCUGCAAUACUACUGUACUUUUUAUAUAUAUACUUAUAAUAUUUAUGAGUUAGUACCAUCAACUGCUUUUUGUGUAAACGCCAAGCCCACUUUCCAACUUUUAGGUCACACAACUUCAUUGGUACUAAUCAUGACAUUAGAUUGUAUUUCAGUUACAUCUUAAAGUUAUUGAAUAUUAUUAAAAACAUUCUUUUUUUAUAGCUAAUAUUGGCUCUUUUGUCAAUAAAAUAAACGUCCUGUGAGAUAGAAAUAAGUGAUCACCACAUAUGCCAUCUAUAUAGAAAAACAGAAGCAUUGGUUUCUUUUUGUUAAUUAGAAAAGCAAAUAAUAUUGAUUUAAAUUGACAACAACAAUGUCCGUUAUUUAUUUUAUUCAUAUUCUGAGAUUAUUUGAUUGGCAAAAAGCCCUCAAAAAACAAUAUAUGUGAUGUUGGAUAAUCAGGGAUAUACUGUAGUAUUUAUUGUUGUUUUCAAUGCACAAUUAGUACAAUAUAUGCUUCUGAUAGGAGAGAAUAUGGACAUUGAAAGUCGAAACAAAUGCAUGUCAAUACCUGUUAUGAGAUAUGUCCUCAACAAUGACGUGCCAAGCUUGAAGAAACUUUUUUCUGCUCACAAAGUUGAAAGGAACGUCGAAUCAAUCAGUAACUUUGUGCACAAAAAAUCUGGUGAUUCCCCUCUACAUCUUGCUGCACGCUACAAGCAUGUGGAAUGCUUACGAUUGCUGUUGCAACAUAAAGCAGACAUUGAACACAAAAACUUAGACGGUAAAAGAGCUUUGCAUGAAGCAGCUUACAGUGGGUGCAUCGAUUGUGUGACCUGCUUACUCGACAGUGGUGCACAAGUUGACGUUCUAAAGCGUGCUGAUUGGACACCUUUGAUGAUCGCUUGUCAACAAGGCCAUCUCAAUGUUGUGAAACUUUUAACCAAAGCAAAUGCAAAUGUUGAGCGAGUAAAUAAAGAUGGUUGGACUAGUUUUCAUUUAGCAUGUCGAGAAGGUUAUUUGGAUGUAAUAACAUACUUAUUGUCCGUUAACAAAAACCUGUGGAAUACGACCAGUAAAAAUGGGAGAACUCCAUUUCACACAGCUGCAAUGCAUGGAAAAUAUGAUAUUUUGAAGUUCUUAGUUGAGAAAUGUCAAUAUGGUAUUGAUGUAAGUGAUUCUUGUGGCAGCACACCUUUAAUGGAUGCAUUUCGUUUCGGAUUUGUUGACAUUGGCGAGUAUUUAGUCCAGCAUCAACAAGGCAGUGUUGAUACAAGUGAUGUUCUUGGUAGAACAUGCAUACAUGUGGCAUCGCAGAAUGGAAAGCUGGCAUCAGUAAAAUAUCUGAUAGAAAAGAUGGCAGUUGAUGUAAAUAUAACAACAUUAAAAACGAAAUCAACACCAUUGCAUAUUGCUAGCAAGGAAGGUCAUGUGGAGUGUGUUGAAUAUUUACUUGAUCGUGGAAGUAAAAUUAAUUUAUGUGAUGCAAAGGACAGGACUGCGUUGCAUCUUGCUUGUGCAGCAAACCGGUGUAAGGUUGUGAAAAUUUUACUUGCUCGUGCAUGUGAUACAACUCUUAUGGACUGUAAAGGAAAAAUUGCAAUUGAAUAUGCUAUGAGUGAUGCAAUUCGAGAAGCUUUUCAUACUUGUAACAUUUAACUUUGUUUUUGUUGACAUUUAUAUUUAUAUUAUUAUAUUUAAUUUUUACUUUUAUCUGACAAGGUAAUUACAAGACCAUCAUGUUAAAUUUUGUCUGUUUUGUUUUUUUGUACAAUUUUCGAUUUAUUUGUAGAAUUUCCACUCUAUUAGAAAUGUCAGAAAAGUCCAGAAUAUUGUCAAAAUGUCAGGAAUACUAACAACUUCUUUGAUAUGACAGGAAAAUGUUAGGGACCUUUAAGUUUAAAUGAUCGAUCAGAACUAUUUUCAAACUUCAACAUAUUGACAAGGAUUAAAAUUCAUAUGUGUUCUCAAAGAAUUUUUUUUAACAUUUUUUUCUAUUAAUAUUUUUGAAAUUUAAGGUAGGUUUCCAAAAAAUUCGACCCUAACUACCAAGGAUUUAAUAUGCCCUGAAUUAGUAUUGUAUAGUUUAUUACGUGUGUUCUAAUGUAUACUUUUUCUUUUUCUUUAAAAUACAAUAACCUUUGCUUAAAAGAUAGUUGGAAGGAUGUAGUUAAAUUGAAUUAAGUGGAUUUUUACUCUGAGGUCUAAAUUAAGUAGUCAGAAAUAGUUAGGGAGUAGGCUGGGGACAGUCUUAUUUUUCUAUUUUAAUGGUGAAUAUUUUUCUUAAACAGGUGGAUAACAUAUACCUAACAUAUAGAGACUUCUCUGACUUUCUCAUUUUUACUGAAGAUUCUCUUUAACCUCGGAAAUUAGGAAAAGACGUUUUUAAUUAAUUUUAUUAGGGGUGAAAAUAAAGUUAAGUUACCAAGAUUAUUUGGUGAUUUAAAACGUUUUACAGGGAUAAGUUAAAAAUUAAAAAGAAAUAUAAUUAUGUUACUUUGAGAAGAGAAUGAAGUUGGUUUUUGUAAAUUAAUUUAGUAUCUCAUAAAUUUGGUGUUUGGAAUUUUUGUCAUUUAACCGUUCAUCACACAGUUUCAAAUGGAACUACGAGCGAUUCUUAAAACCGACCAGCUACUCAUUUGUUUUACUUUUUUAUAUGCCAACCUAUUCUGUGUACCAUUAGGGAAUUAAUUUUGGUCAAUUUUCCGAAAAUGAGCUCUCGCGGAAAUUACUGUUUUACCUGUCAUUGCAUGUAAGAGCUUAGGUUAAGAAGUCCUUAUUUUAUUUUCUACAUAAAAAGUCCUUGUAACACGGUAUAAAUCGAGAGAGAAAAAUUUCAUAAAGUAUCCUUUUCGUAUAAUUCGCGAAAUUCAAUUCCGCGAAAAUUAGUUACCGCGAAAAUUAUUCACCUUAAUGUAUUUUU